AUGGAAAAAAUAUCACCAGAAAUUUUAGCUGCAAGAGCUAAGCUUAAAGAAAAAAUGGGGGGUAAUCAAAGACAAAUAGGAGGAAAGGGUAGUGCAAGAAGAAAAAUAAAGAAAGUUCAUAAAAAUACCAUCUCAAAUGAGAAAAAAAUUAAUUUGAUUUUAAAAAAAAUUGGAGCUUCUUAUUUUGGGGAUGUUGAUGAAAUUUCUGUAUAUAAAACAGAUGACACAUAUUUAGAAUUUAAAAAACCCAAAUUAUCUGCAUCUUUACAAUCUAAUACUUAUAUUGUUACAGGAAAAUUUACUGAACAAAAAAUUGAUAUAAACAAAAUAUUUGAAGGAUUAAAAGGUAAUAAAAAUUUAGAUGUAAAUCUUCUCGAAAAAAUUAAGAAUGAUCCCAAUAUAAAAAAUAUUCUUAAUAAGGAAAAUGAUUUAAAAAAAGAAAAUGAUGGAGUUGAAAUACCAGAUUUGGUGGAAAAUUUCGAAGAAGUCUCAAAAGAAGAAAAAUAA